AUGGGGCUUCUGUCUAUCCUGAAGAAGGAUAAGGCGAAAAGACGCGAGCUUCGGAUUCUAUUUGUGGGUCUAGACAACGCUGGAAAGACCACCAUCGUCAAACGCAUAGCUGGAGAAGACCUUUCAAAAGUCAGCCCCACGCUGGGGUUCAAUAUCCAUUCCCUCCAUUACAAAGGGGUACGCCUGAACAUCUGGGACGUCGGGGGUCAGGCCAUUCUGAGACCAUAUUGGCAGAACUACUAUGAGCGCACAGAUGCCCUGCUCUGGGUUGUUGAUAGCGCAGACAUAGAGCGGUUGCGGAUCUGCAAGGCAGAGCUGCACCAGCUGCUGACGGAGGAGAAGCUAGCCGGCGCCACACUGCUCAUCCUUGCCAACAAACAGGACCUGCCAGGCGCCUUGUCUGCUGCAGAGAUCAAGGAUGUGUUGGAGCUGAAGGCAGCAGGGACAAGGCAUUGGAGAAUUUUGGGGUGCAGCGCUGUGACUGGAGCAGGCCUGCUUACCGGUUUUGACUGGGUGCUGUCCGAUAUCCAGGGCAGAAUACAGCUUACGUGA